GCCAUUUGCAGCGCAGGCAGCCUCGGAAGCGGCCGCGGGGCGCCGGCGGGGAGUGAGGUGACACCAUGGAGCUGAAGAAGGAUAACAACGCCGUGUCGAUCGACAUGCUGCUGAUCGUGCACUCGGAGAAGCGGCGCGCUGCGCAGGGCACGCACUCGGACCUGCAGGCGGACCCGGGCGCGCUGCCGCAGCGCAGAGGAGGACUCCAAGCCGUUGGAAACGGAAUCCAGAAAUGGCAGAAAUUAGAAGGAAAUGACCUGUAUGGACACCUGGCGGAGAAGCAGCACCCUCAGCAGACCCAGGUCAUCACUUCCUAUGACAACCAAGGGACACAGCUAACUGUGGAGGUCCAUCCUCGAGACGCCAUGCCCCAGCUGCUCAAGAAGUUCUCUAAAUGUUUACACGGUGAUAAAAAUGGAAACCCAAGACCCCGGCAGCCUGGAGGAAAAGAUGCCCAUGCCUAUCCCUGGGAUCGGUCCAGCCUGAAAUCCAUGCCCCUGGACCUGCAACAGUUUGAGAAACUGGACACCUAUGCCUCACAGGUGACGGUCAAGAGUGGCCUGGACGAGCUGGUGAAUGACCUGCUCCAGGAGGCCCACAGUGAUCUGGAGAGGGUCCGCGCGAUCUGGAUCUGGAUAUGCCACCACAUAGAGUACGAUGUUGAGGCCGCCCAAGAGAAGAACCGCCAGGCCUUCAAGCCCACUGACAUCCUGCGGACCCAGAAGACCAACUGCGAUGGCUAUGCCGGGCUCUUUGAGAAAAUGUGCAGGAUCGCUGGAGUGCAGUGCAUGUCCGUGCCCGGCUACUCCAAGGGCUUUGGCUACCAGACGGGGCAGAGCUUCUCCGGGGAGUUUGACCACGCCUGGAAUGCCGUGUACCUGGAGGGGAGAUGGCACCUGGUGGACAGUACCUGGGGCAGUGGCCUGGUAGACACCACCACUUCCAAAUUCACCUUCCUCUACAAUGAAUUCUACUUCCUCACCCACCCCGCGCUGUUCAUCGAGGACCAUUUCCCAGACAACAAGAACUGGCAACUGCUGAAACCUCCUCAAUCCCUGAGGCAGUUUGAGAACAACAUGUAUCACAAGAGUGAAUUCUACAACAAGGGGAUGCUGAGUGCCUACCCAGAGACUCCUGUGGUCCGAACAGUGAACGGGAAGGCCACGGUCACCAUGGAGAGCGGUGCCCCAACCCUGUUCAUGUUUAUGCUCAAUGGCAAGCAGGAGCACGGGCUGCUGAGCCUCCGGAAGAACGGGAUGAAGCUGGAGGUCUACCCUCCAACCACGGGCACCCACAAGCUGCAGAUCUUUGCCAAGGGCAACUCCGACGUCUACAGUGCAGUGCUGGAGUACACGCUCAAGUGUAACUAUGUGGACUUGGGGGUCCAGCUGCCAGCCGAGCUGCACCAGCCCGUGGGCCCCAGCUGGUUCUCGGAGCAGAUGGGCAUCUUGAAGCCCUCCCACCCUGACCCCAUCAUCCACACCAGUGAUGGGCGCUGCUCCGUCAGCUUCGGCGUGGAGGAGGGCAUCAGUGUCCUGGCUUCCCUGCACGGAGACGAUGGCCCCAUCACCGAGGAGACGCAGCGGCGCUACAUCUUCCAGCUGCACCGAGAGAAGCGGACAGAGCUGAAAGUCCAGCUGCCCAGUGCCGGCAAGUUUGCCCUCAAGAUCUUUGUCAAGAAGAGGCAGGAACCGGGCAACUAUGUCUUUGUCUUCAAUUAUCUCCUGUGCUGCACCAACACCAAGGUGAACUGGCCCAUGUUCCCCGAGAGCUUUGGUAACUGGGGGCAGGACAACGAGCUGCUGGAGCCUCUGUCGGGCGUGCUUCCCGCCAACCGGAACGUCCCGUUCAAAUUGAAGCUGCACGGCGUCGCCAAAGCCCUGGUGAAGGGGCAGGACACGUGGCCCCUGACCCUGAAUGGCGAGGGCUACUGGGAGGGCAGCUGCAACACGGCUGGCUGCCAAGAAGUCUACGUCAUGGUGCUGGAGAACGCCAACCACAGCUUCUACUCCUACAUCCUGAAAUAUAAAGUGAACGGCCAGUGAGGGCCGGUGCCCGGUCACCCCUCCAGGGAGGGCCCAAGGGAAGUGCAGAGAGCCCUGGACACCACCGAGUCUGCAUGAAAUCACUUCUAGGCCUCUGCCUCAGUCUCCCUGCCGUGCCGCAGGAGCUGUGAUGUUUGUGUUCUGAUGGCUUCACAAGGGGACAGAGGCAAAGGCCCUUUAGAAGAAAAAGGUGCUAUGUAAAUCCAAAGUAUUGUAAACUGUAUGCCACUGCCCAGAUGCCCUUUCUCGUGUUAAUGCCGCUGUUGUUAAAAGGUCGAUGUGGGAAAGCAGGGCUGUUGCCCAGGCUGAGAGCUUUUCAGGGGAUGGUGAGAAAAUUCUCCUCCGGGCCCCAGAGGGACAUGACUUGCAAGGCUGAGUCACCUUGAAUCACAGGACCCCCUUUUAAGUAGCUACAGUGUUUCUCACCCACUCCCGGACCCCAGGGAAGG